AUGUCCCAGCAGCAAGUGGUGAGCUAUCCGUCAUUCACAUUCGAGAGCGCAGGCCGCCUGGCUUCGUCACACAUUCACCUGCUUGUCACUUGGUCAUUCAAGUCCCUGUUCGGUUCGAUCAAAAUCAUUGACGAAGUCUGCGAUGCUUCACAAAUCGAUUUCGAAGAAGGGGGUGUAGACUCGGAGACACUCAAGCUGUUGAAGCAUCGCUGGCAAAAAAAGUUAUCCGCCCUUGAAGUCGGUCACUUCCCAUGGGAGCCUCAGCCACAGAAUUCUAGUACCAAUGUCGGCUCUUCAGCAGCAGCAUCAACCCCCCAGUCGACCCCAAACGUCUCGUCCAACACAACUAAAGUUCAACAACUCGCUUCCGAGAAUGCACGUCCUUCUCCUAUGCCGCCGUCCAAUCAAGGGCCUCGGGUUAAGGCAGAACCAGGACAGUAUCAGUCAACAAGCUCUCCUCUGAUGGGCUAUCCCAUGUCUCAGAUGCCGCAACUCCCCCCAGCACCAGUGAACACUGUCGCGCAAGAACGAGCAGCGCAAGCAUUGCAGCAGCGAUAUGGUCCUCAAGCAGCGGUACAGAUCAAUCAGCUUCAGCAAUCUAUUAGUCAACGACAGCAACCGGGUCUGCCCAACUCCCAAGGCCAAGAUGGUGACGAUCGCAAGCAAGCUCUCCCAAAUUUUUCCACGCCAACACCUCAGUCUCGUACCCCACUACAAUCAGCGCAGCAUGACGGUAGCAACGACUCGCUCGCUAAGUGGAAAGCCGAGGUUGCACGCCGACGUACCCUGAUGGAGGCACCGGCUCGAGGUGAACGUCUGUUCCAUGAGCACAUGCUACAAAGACAACAGCAGAUUGAAGGCGGCGGUUUGAUGAUUCCUCUAAAUGAGCGUCACAUGCCAUCAGCCGGCACCAAGCGUCGGGUGGAGGCUCUUUUGGGGACAUACGAAGAGCAGUAUCCACAGAGAGCAGCUCCGCAGCUAUCAACCUCACUUCCUAAAGCUCAAGGUGAUGCCGCAGGCGACCAUGAUGACGACGAGAAAGAGCUUGAUGAAGACGCCAUCAAUUCUGACCUAGAUGAUCCUGAAGAUGCUGGGGGUGAUCCUGAAGACGAAACUGUUGAGCAAGUCAUGCUGUGCACAUACGACAAGGUGCAGCGAGUCAAGAACAAGUGGAAGUGUACCUUGAAGGAUGGUAUCUUGAGAGUAUCGAAUAAGGAAUAUGUCUUUCACAAGGGUCAGGGCGAAUUUGAGUGGUAG